AUGGAGCCAGAGCUCAGCAAUAACCCAGACUUUAAGGUGGAGCCAGAUGUUCAAGAGGCAGAAUCAGAAGAGAGCCACAUUGACAUGGAGGAAAAAUAUGAACUUGUGGGUGAACCAAUCAUGCAGCAGGAGCCACUGGAUGAAGACAACGUGUCUGAAGCAAAUCAGAAUCAAGAUCCUGUCAAUCAACGUCUCUCAGAGGAGGGAGAGGGGCUUACAAGAGAGAAGACCCACUUUUUAGACGGAGAACCAACAAUGGAACUGGAAAACCAACAAGUUGAGGAUGUGCCAGAGCUCAGCGAUAACCCAGACUUUAAGGUGGAAUCAGAGGUUAAAGUGGAGCCAGAUGUAGAAACAGAAGAGAGGCACAUUGAUAUGGAGGACGAAUCUGAAAUGGCGGGCAACCCAAUCAUGGAGAUGGAGCCACUGGAUGACGACGACAUGUCUGAAGAAGAACUGAGCAACACAGAAAAGUCUUUAAGGGCAGCAUUUCAGCAUCAAGACCCUGUCAAUCAAUAUCUCUCAGAGGAGGAAGAGGGGCUUAUAAGAGAGAAUACCUACGUUUUGGACGGAGAACCAAUUUUGGAGCUGGAGCAACUGGAGGUUAAAGUGCAAGAGAACUUUGAGGAAGAGGGUGAAGAAGGGCGGGAGAAUGACAUUGAGCGUAAAUAUGAAAUAGUGGGCGAGCCAAUCAUGGAGCUGGAGCCACUAGAGGAUGACAACGAACCUCAAAAGGAGUUUCCGGUGCAAAUGAACCUUGAGGAAGAGACUAAAUCAAACCAGGAGACUGAAGAGAAGCACAUUGACAUGGAGGCAAGAUAUGAAAUGGUGGGCGAGCCAAUCAUGGAGUUGGAGCCAUUGGAUGAUGACAACAUGCAUGGAGAGAAACUGAGCAGCAGGUCAGAAGUUAACACAGAGAGAAAAUAUGAAAUGAUGGGCGAGCCAAUCAUGGAGUUGGAGCCACUGGAGAACAAAGACACGGAGCAGACAGAAGAGGAAGGAGGGCCAGCAUUGGACAUCUUUGGGCAGCCGAUGAAAACUUCAGAGGAGUAUUUCCCAAAUGAAGAGGCUAGGAUGGGCUCUCCCAUGGUGGGUGGGUCCGACUAUUUGAUGAUGGAUGAAACAGCGAGUGAGUUUUUCCAAACAGACCAGAUGUCCCCAAUGGCAGCAGACAGUCCUGUGAUUAAUCAUGUAAGAGAGCCAAGGGCAUGGAGGAGGCAGGCUGUAAACAAUCCUGAAGAAAGAAGAUCAUCAUCAAAACACAACAAGCAAGGGCAGAGCUGUUCCCCUGGUGUGAUGAUCGAGGGGAAGUGUUACCAGUUCUUCAAAGAGCCAAAGAAGGCCGCAGAUGCUGAGUUCUUCUGCCAGGAUCAUUUCUCUGGAGGUCACCUGGCUUCCAUCUCCAGCCUUCACGUCCACAGAGAGGUGAUGAACCUGAUCCGGCAGAACGGAGGUCUGACUCGCACCUGGGUCGGAGGGCUGAGAUAUUUGGAGGUAGGCUACCAAGAUAAUUAG